AUGGCUCGAGGUAGUCUCUCUACUUCUUUUCUCACCCGCUAUAUUUUUAAAUAUUCCCGCUCCGAGCUGUCACAGGACACCUUUCUAUGUGCCUUCUGUCAUUUUAUGGGCCUGGAUAUAGCCGCGGAGCAUGAUCCUGUUUUGGAGAAAGAAGAGAACCAACUGAGCGAGCGCUUAGCUGGCGUCGCAGAUUUCUUACUCGACACAACUUUUCAUGCCGUGUCUGUGGGCCCGAUCCACUGCCAUGUCGACCUCUUCAUGUUGCUGCUGGCUUUUAUCUUUUAUAAUCAAGGCUUGAUCCCAGCAAUCCAAAGAAGUUCAAGGGUGGAACCUCGAAUAUGGAAUAUCUUCCGACACCAGACCAGAUAUCAGUUCGUCAAGGCUUCUGCCUCAUCCGUGACCACCAUCGCUGUGUGA